AGCCAUGUUUCAUUACGUCACCGUGUUAUGGCCUCGAGAAACAGCCUGUCGGAAUAAAUUUUUGGGAUUUGCUCUAAAACCUCGUAAAUUUAAAUGUAUGCCAUUCGUGCCAUGGUUUAGCGUAAAGUAGAUGAUUUAUUGGUUUGUUGUAGGCUGUAAGGUGGUUCAGUAGGUUAUACCGUCAAACACGCGUGUGAAAGUUAAAGUUAUUGCUAAAAUCAAAAGUGAGGUGGAUUUCAGGCAUGGGACGUAAAAAACAGGGUAAAUCUGAUCGACCCGUUCACAAGGGCAAAGACACACGCCACAGGAUGAAGGGGAAAUCAUUAGAAACUUUCACCGAGGAGAUGCAUGAGGCUCUGCAAGCCAGUGAGGAUGCGGAUUCAGAGGCGGCAGGAGGUGUGAAGUUGCCCUGUCAGUUGGCCAUGUGGGAUCUGGGUCACUGUGACCCAAAACGGUGUACAGGACGAAAGCUGGCCAGGAAAGGUUUAGUGCGCUGCCUGCGACUCAACCAGCGCUUCAAUGGACUAAUACUCAGCCCAAUGGGAAUCAAAUACGUUACACCUGCAGACAGGGAGAUUGUGGCACAGGGUGGUCUAGCUGUGAUUGACUGUUCAUGGGCACGACUCGAAGACACGCCUUUCAGCAAAAUGAUUGGUUCACAUCCGAGGCUUUUGCCAUUCUUGGUCGCAGCAAAUCCUGUAAACUAUGGAAAGCCAUGCAAGCUGUCCUGUGUCGAGGCUUAUGCUGCCACCUUCUGUAUUGUGGGAUUUCGUGACCUUGCUGUGCUCCUGCUGAAGAAGUUUAAGUGGGGUUUGGGAUUUUUGGAGCUGAAUAAGACUCUUCUAGAGCGUUAUGCAUCCAGCCAGUCAGAAGAGGAACUACUGGCUGUGGAGAAAGAGUUUCUCAGUGCCGCCCCUCAAGAAGAGGAUAUAGAUCCUUUUGAUGUGGACUCAGGAAGAGACUUUGUAAAUCUCAACAGACCAGUCCAGGCUGAGGAUGAUGACAGUGAUGAGACAUCAGAGGAAGAAGAUAAUGGUGAAGAGGAAGAACAGAAGAGUAAAGAGGAAGAUGAUGAAAGUGAUGUGGCGUCUUGAGUUGUGUAAUCUUAAAAUGAAACAUUUGGGAAAGAAGGAGGUUCAGUGACUGAUUUACUAACAUUGACCUUCACUUGACAUUAGCAAACUUAUGUUUUCUCAGUGUUUGCAGAUGGUUGCAGAUAUGGAACUAGUAAGUUAACAAAACCAGCGUUAUCAGUUUUCAAGAUUUCAGUAAGCAAUUUCCCAAAAUACUUUUUAUAAUGUGGAAAAAUGUACUAUUUGUUCACGAGAAGAAUCUUCUCAAACUGUAAUAAUGUUUAUUAUUGCGAAAAAUGUUGCCUUGUUUAUAAGUAGACUGAAAUGUUUAAAUAAAUAUUUAAAUGGUA